GUUGGAGAUGGUCGACAACUGCAACAAGUGAAAGCCUUUUACUUAUACUUUAAUGGAAGAAAGUAUUGAAAAUGAGUGAAUUAAAGUGAUUAAUAACAAUUGAUAUUAGAGAUUUUCAGACUACAAACUUACGGCUUCCAAAAUGGCUACUAAAUUCCUGAAAAAACGGGAAGUAGCUAAGCUUGUUACUGAAAACGGGCAGCCUUGUGUUUUCUGCAAUCAGGAUGUGGACGAUGAAGUGAUUUUCGGAAAAUUAUACUCUUAUGGCGAUAUACAAUGUCAUUACUUCUGUGUGCUGUUAUCCUGCUGCCUGGUGCAAAAGGGCAGGGACUCGGAAGGCCUGUUUGGUUUCCUGUACAAGGACAUAGUGGCUGAGGUGGAGCGGAGUAAGAAACAUAAAUGCUCGUACUGCGGGCGCGGCGGCGCUAGCCUGGGGUGCUCGGUGGCGGCGUGCCGCAAGCAGUUCCACCUGCCGUGCGGCCGCCAGAAGAAUGCUGUCUCGCUCUUCUAUGGCAAUUAUAAAUCUUUCUGCGAGCUCCACGCUCCAAAGCAGAAGAUAUCAACCGACGUGAUGGCGAAGGCGAAGGAACGGAUGAAGAUUGAGAAACUGAAGAAGGCGGGGAAGAUACCCGUCAGCGGUGAAGGAAACCAACAGGCCGAGAGUCCAGAAGACUCGGCCAUGGUGUGUGUGAUCUGCUAUGAGCCGGUGCAGGCGUACCCGACCACGCAGACCUUCUGGCCGCCGUGCUGCGGCCGCGACGCCUGGCUGCACCGGACCUGUCUGCAGCGAAUGGCUCUAAGCGCAGGCAUGCACUACCUGAAGUGUCCGCUGUGCAACGACAAGGACAACUUCUACGAUGCUGUCUGUGAGCAAGGAUACUAUUUGCCGGACCGAGAUGCAGCUUGGGAGUUGGAGCAGAAUGCGUUCGCCGAGAUAUACAACCGGGAGGCUCGGUGCGCCGCCGCCGAGUGCAGGUGCCCCUUCGGGCGGAGCCACGACGAGCUCGGCACUUGGGACAUAAAGCUGUGCCUGCUGUGCGGGAGCUGGGGGCUGCACUCGGGCUGCUCCCCCGCGCCCGGGCCCGGGCCCGGGCCAGCCGAGCGCGCCGUGUGCGGCGCCUGCGCACCCGCCGCUACCGACCUCGACCAGCUAGAGACCAGGCUCACCGAAGUAAUAAUGGCGGAGCAGGCGGCGGCGCAGCAGCGCGCGCGCAGCGCACCCGUCAUGCCGAGCCGCAUGUCCCUGCGCCGCACCAAGGGCCGGCUGCAGGCGCACAGUGCUUCAAGUUCAUCACAAAUUUUGCCGACUCACGGAACUCAAAUCAAAACUGAAUCACAACCCGCCGACCGUCUCGAGCUGAACCUCAAGACCCCCCGCCGUCCCAAACUCCUCACCCCUCCCACCCUCAAAGAGUUGGAGUCAAAGCUCCUCUCCCCCAUCAAACUCCUGGAGCAGUCGUACCUGGAGAAGGGGGGUCGGAGGGACGUGGUGGUGCCCGGGGAUGUUCUGGACAAGAUUCGGUUGCGGUUCAGCAAGCCGAGGCCGCUUAGUGCGAAAAAGAAGAUUGUCAAUGAGAUCUUAGACGACCUGUUCAAGAAUGUGUUCAAGGAGAAUCCUAAGAGCAAAGAUCCGCUCAGGGAGUGGAAUUCACCCAAGAAAUCAUGUGACAUCACUUCCGACUUAAACGAAGCAGUGAAGGGAUUUAUGGAGCCAACUCUUAACACGAAUGAAGAGGUUCAAGAAACAACAGAUGUUAAGUCCACGAAAGUAGAUGAAGACGGUGAAAAUCAACAUGAAAAUGAUAGAGAAAACUUAGAAGAAAAAUCUGAUAUACUUGAUGAAAACUCAAGUGACAAAGAAAACAAUAUAAAUCAUAUCAAUGGAAAUGAUAAAAAUGACAAUGAUGUUAAAAGCGACGAGGAAUCGUCCUCUAGCACCUUCCGAUUGGCUCCAGAAUUUAUAGCUGACAGUGAUGACAGCUUGCCAAUCAUCGACACACCGAAAAAGCUCAAAAUGGUGAACAUUAAACAAGACUCCAUUGAAAUAUCGAAGAAAGAUGAGAUAGUUAACAUAGACGUAGUGCAAAUAGGAAGCGGCAAAGAAAAGGAGUUCGUGAAAAGCUUAGAUUUGAAGAGUCCUGUUAAGAAUAAGAUGUUUUCGUUUAAAUUCAGUCCGUUGGACAAAGAGCCUUUGAAAACUGAUGUAGAUAUGGACGUUGAGAGUUUUAAAGACCAGUACCUGAAUGAGGUAGAUAGGGACAAAUGUGUUAAGGAUUCGAAAAAUGAAGAGAGAAAGAAAGUGGAUUCGAUUGACAAAAAAUGUAAGAAAAGAAAAUUAGAAAUGAAAGAAGAAGUUCGUAAGAAACGAAAGAAAGACGGUAAACAGAGGGAUGGUAUGAAACAUAAGAAAAUUAAACUGAAAAUAAAAGCAAUGGAUCCGGAAAAAGCGGGACAGAUGAGAACCAAAAAGAUAAAGAAAAUGAAAGAACUUCACAAGAAAAUAAGAGAUAAGCAUGUAAGCAUUAAAAUAAAACUAAAGGAUGGAAAUAAGUGUAAAAUUAAGAAAUCCAAGAAAAUACAGAAGGUAAAGAGUUAUAAGCAGUAUGUGUUAAAAUAUUCGCCUUUACUGAGCAGUAAUAUUGCCAAGCCGGAGACAGAUGUCACUCCAAUGAAGAGGAAACAUACGAAGAUAGAGAAGUCUCCGUCGGACAAGCUAGUUCAGACUUCUAUACAGAGUUUCUUUAAAGUGAAAUAAACUAAGCUAAGUUUGCAUUGACUUGGCAGUAACAAUUAUUACGGGGCCCUUGCACACACUUCCACCCAUCGGGAUCUUUUGUGUAUUCGCCCCCUCGAGAGCUCCUUUUUGUCUACUCGAAAGCUUUCUUGACCAUCUUCAUGUGUCGGAUUAUGGAGCUCAAUGGUAGAACUUUGAAUUCCUUUGGUUCCAGAUAGCCUCUACUCUCAGAAUAUACUCUCCGCAUAAACUUAGUGUACCUAGUCAGACUCUGGAUAUGACUUUAAAACCAUAGGCGCUGAUAAUCUGGAUGGGGGUUUUUAAAAUAAAGUUAUUGUACUACAGGCCUGUUCUGCGGGUGGGUGAAAUAAGACUGAAACCUUUUUUAGAAGUCAUUAAAACCUGUUUACUUGAACUCUUUUAAAAUUGUAUACAAAUAUUGCCUUGCAUGUAAAGAAACAAGUGCGAGUCAAACUCGCCCAUCGAGGGUUUCGUACAAAUUGAACUUUUUUUACAAACUUAUAGUUUUUAGGGUUCCGUGCCCAAAGGGUAAAAACGGGACCCUAUUAAUAAGACUCCGCUGUCUGUCUGUCUGUCCGUCCGUCCGUCCGUCCGUCCGUCUGUCACCAGGCUGUAUGCUGUAUAUGAAGCUAAGCAGUUGAAAUUUUCACAGAUGGUGUAUUUCUGUUGCCGCUAUCAAAACAUUCAAAACAAAUACUAAAAACAGAAUAAAAUAAAUAUUUAAGUGGGGCUCCCAUAUAACAUACGUGAUUUUUUUGCCGUUUUUUGCGUAAUGGUACGGAACCCUUCGUGCGCGAAUCCGUCUCGCAC